GGUACGGAUCGGGUAGUGACAGUAGCGUUAGCCUGUUAUUAACCUUGUUGCGGAUGGCUGUGUAGCCGAUGAGUGUGGCAAAUUGUUGCAGCAGCAAUGUCUUCAGUUGGUGGGUGGAGGAGCGUCAUUGGUGUGAGGCUGGAUGGAGCAUUUGAGGGAAUCUUCACAGAGUUUGAAAGUAAAAUGGAGCAGUGCGAGACAGAAGUGGAGCAUCAGCGCAGACUGCUGGAAACCAUCCGGAACCCCGAAAUAAAGCUGCACAGAAUAGACCAACGCUGCAUCUGUACAAAGAAGGAAGAGGAAAUCUCUAUCCAGGAGAAGAACGCCAGUCUGGAUCCAGAGGAUCAGAAACCUUCACUGAUUAAAGAGGAGCAGGAGGAGCUGUGCAUUAGUGAGGAAGGAGAGCAGCUUGUGCUAAAGCAGGAAAGUGAUGCCUUCAUGGUGACUCCUGUUUGUGAGGGCAGUGCCGAGCUUCUGUCCUGUUUUGUACCUGAGAGUCGAGAACAGGAAGGAGUCAAAUGUGAAAACUCAGGAAUGCCCUUAAAAACGGAGCCGAAACCAAAGAAAGUCUGUAACAACACAGAUGAAAACACACAAGUCUGCAGGAAUAGUUUACAAAUAAAAGAACUUUGUGGUACUACGAAUAAUAAUAUAGAUGGGACGCUUUACUCCUGCAGCUCCUGCGCGGAGACAUUUGAACAUGAAUCAACGCUUAAAAAUCACCUACGAAUCCACGCAGACGAUGAGCCGUAUUCCUGCAUGACAUGUGGGAAGGUUUUCAACUACAGCGCUUCCUUCAAGCUCCACAUGAAAGUCCACACGGAUGAGAGGCCGUGCUUCUGUGAGAAGUGCGGCAAAACGUUCAGAAGAAACGAUAAGCUGCGGCUGCACAUGAGAACGCACACGGGGGAAAAGCCGUACCUCUGCAUCACCUGCGGAAAAAGGUUUAACGACCCGUCGGCGUUCAGGAGGCACACGGCCAUACACACCGGCGAGAAGCGGCAUUCUUGCAAAACCUGCGGCAAACGUUUUGCCCACAGCAACAGCUUUCUCUGCCACAUGAGAACCCACACAGGUGAGAGGCCUUACCUCUGCACCACCUGCGGGAAUAGAUUUGUCAACGCCUCAAAGCUUAAAAGGCACACGAGGACACACACGGACGAGAAGCCUCACGUCUGCAACACCUGCGGGAAGAGGUUCAUUCGCCUUUCCAGGUUGACGAGUCACACGAGGAUUCACACGGGCGAGAAGCCGUACUCAUGCCAAAUAUGCCAGAAGGACUUCGCUUACACCACUUCCUUGAAGGUCCACAUGAGAGUCCACACAGGCGAGAAGCCGUACGUUUGUGAGAAAUGUGGGGAAAGUUUCAGUCAGGCGGGGAGCCUAACCACCCACAUGAGAAGGCACGCAGGUGAAAAAAAAGUCCUGAAACACCUGUGAGGAGAAAAUAUGAGCGAAAAUGAGUUGAUUAGGUUUUGGUUUAAAGAGGGUUGUGUAACUUUACUGUGUGUUAUACUGUACAUGAUGAGCCUGCCUUUAGAUUCAAGUCUAAUGUUGUGUUAAUGUGGUGCGUCAGCGGUAAUGCUCCAAGUGCUCGAGUUGCACUGCACAGCAGAGGACAACAAAAAAAAUGGCUUCAAGGUAAGAAAAUAGAAGUCUGCAGUCUUUUUAAUGACCAGCAGGAGGCGAGUCUGGACUCAAACGCUGGUUUUAGGUCAUAUUUCAUAAAAUGUUGUAAAUUAUGCUCUGUAAUAAAGGCAGAUGAGGAUUAAUAGAGUAUAUGUACUGUCUGAAAUCCUGGGCAGAAGCUCCCCCACUUGUUUCAACACUAAGAUGGUGAAAACCAGCUUGAGGCUUCGUGACAUGAUGUCAUGGUGGAUACAUCCAUCUUUUAGAUGCAGUUUGUGGGGGCAUCUUUUUAUGAUGAAAUCCUUAAAAUCUGAGAAUUCACCAGCACUUCUGAAGUAUUUCAUCUCUAAUCGUGAUAUAUGUAUGUGGGAUUAUGUGUUAGUCUCUCAUGUAUAUUAGAGGACUACAGGCUUGUUUUUAAUAAAUAAUAUAAGAUGGGAAGGAGUGAUGAAAUGAGAGGCCGGCUGGCUCUUGUGGUUCAUCUGAAUCAGUUGAAAUCUGAAAAAUCGACCCUGCCAGUUUUUGUUUUUCUUCUUUCUUUUUUUUUUGUAAACAAAAAAAUGUAGUCUCAAAGAGUGUAAAGGACAAUAAAA